UUAACUUUACACUGACAACUGAUUUCUUGCCUCGCGUGCUGUGUUUACGUGAAAGAACGCCGUCGAACAAAAAAUGUCCCGUCACAGGAAUGUCCGAGGUUAUAACUACGACGAAGACUUUGAGGAUGAUGACAUGUACGGGCAGUCAGUGGAGGAUGACUACUGCAUCUCUCCUGCCACUGCCGCACAGUUUAUCUACUCGCGUCAAGACUCGAGGCAGGCUCGACAUGUAGAGACCCUGGAAGAGGCAGAAUAUGAGGAGGAGGAAGAGGAGAUGCCAACCUCUCCCACUGUUGCAAGCACACUAGACCCACUACAGCAAGGUCAGUUGUAUUCUUGUUUGGAUCAGAUGAGAGCUGUGCUGGGAGAUUCAAUUCCAGACUCCACAUUAACUCAGGCAGCUCUGAAAUAUGACUGUGACCCUCACAGAGCCCUUGAUUUUAUUCUAACUGAGGAGAACACCAAUGUACACACCCCUCCAGCCAGAACCAACUCACAGCCCGAGCCUAUCACCACAGCUGCACCACAGAAAGGAGCCUUAUUUCCUUUCUCACACAAUAGUACAUGCAAACGAGACAGCAAUCAAUCUUACAACCUCAGUGAUCUGUUAGCCAUGCUUGACCCAAACAAGUCCAUACCUGCUGCUCUGAAUCCUCCCCCUGGUCUGGGAAGUUUGAGAAAAGACCAUUUAAAAGUGGUUUCGAGUCAGAAUUUGGGUAGUGAUGGUGGGCAGUCUACUUUAGGACAAAGUUCACUGGCCCAACUAAUAGCUGAGCAUGAACAGAAGUGUACAAAUGUUCCUCCUCUAAUUCCCUCCACUGGUCUCUCAUUGGAUAACACAGUUCCCCUCACUACCAGUCCUUUUGGUUAUUUUCUUGGUCCUGCUGCCCCACUUUCUGCAGUGCUUUCUCAGGGUCCUAGUGUCCCACCCAUUUCCGGUUUGUCUGUUGGCUCUGGUGCGACUCUCUCUUCUGGUCUCUCUUUGGGCACAUCUGUCCCAGCUGGUCUGGGUGUGACAUCUUCAUCUCUCUUAACCUGCUCUCUCAGUAGUCUAUCGCUGCAGGAUUCCAAGCCGUCCGACCCUCUUCCUGUCUUGUUAGGAAGUUUGAGCUCUGUCCUGCAAAGCAGUGGACCGUCGGGAAUACCUGGGCAAGAAAGGAGCUCUGGAAGCCUUUCAUUGGCUGAGCUGAUCCAGGAGCAUCAGGACAACAGUCCCAAACUCUAUGACAGUUUGCCAGGACUCCAAAACGCACAUAAUUCACAUACAACUUGUCCUCAAAACAAUCAAAAGCUUAUCCGAACAUCUGAUGCAAAUGCUCCUCCUGGCUUUUCAGAGGCACCAUCCCUGUCCGUCCUCAUGUCCCAACACCAAGCAUCACUUGUUCCGCAACUCCCAACAUGCACUGCAUCGCUUAAGAGUGAAAAUGGGUCUAAUCAUCAAGCAUCGAACAAAUCUGCAGCAGCUGUACAUAAGUCCCGCCCACUAAGCUUAAAUCAGAGCGUCGAUCUUAGCGCACUCAUGUCCCAAACAUCUCCCGAUGGUCGCUCACCAUCCAGUUUUUCCCACAUCUCUGCUAGUCAUAAAAAACGUGUGUUUGCUAAACCGUCGAUUUUUGCAUUAGCGAUGUGCGUGUGUGUGAGAAACGAGAAGAGUCGGCGCAAUAGAGCGGCUCAUAAUGCUUUCUUAUACAGCAGACAGAUGGGGAGAGUGAAAGAACGAGUGCAUUGUCCACCUCUUCAUCACAUCAACCCAUUUUCUUUCGACACACCCUCUCCGGAUGACAUAGUCAGAGCGAAUCAGAGAAAAGCUUUUACUCGAGACUGACUUUUACGUUUUCUUUCUUUUUUUUUAGUACCUUUUUCAUUGCAUUUUUAACAUCUCCCAAACAUCAAUCUGAACUCUCUGGGUGUUUUGCAGCUAAGGUUCAUUUUAUGUUUUACACGCCAUAGCAACAGUUUUGGCCAUAAUCCAUAGGAGCAAGGCUAUUUCGAGAAGUUGUCAGACUGAAUGGUGAAUAGUAAUGUAUAUAGAAUGAACUGAAUAGAUUAGUGUUCGUUAUUUUAGGAAAAUAUGAAAUUUCAGAUGUUAAUCAUAAGUCAGCACCUCAGAUGGUUUGUACAUUUGAGUCCUGAAAUUAUUUGAAGCGCUGAGACUGCUAUUUUAUCAUUGCCCAUAUAAUACUGUAUACUUUUGUAUUUUCUGAUUUUUUAGAUUUAUUUACAGCUAACCAUUACACUGGAAAGUUAAAAAUGACUUAUUGUUUUUGUCUGAAACAUCACAACCUCAGAUAGUAAUUUAGUAUUACUUUUAAAGUCUUUAAUAUUUUCAAUUUUUCAUUUUAAUUUUCAUAUUUUCAGACUUUUUUAAAAUGGUUAAUUAAGCUAAAUGUAUAUUUUUGUACUUGAUUUUGAAGUUUUAUGACAUUUUGACAAAUUAUGCUUAAAUUCUGGAGUCACUCUACAUAAAAAAAAAAAAAGUACAUAGUAGGAGCAUAUACAGACAGUGCAGAAAUGCAGGAAAAAAACAACAGAUUCUCGCUACAACUGUUUUGCUGCCUUUUGAAAUGAGGUGCAGUGCUGGUUUACCACAAACACAGAAAGAGGGUUUGGGGGACACCUGGAAUUUUUCCUAUUACGUGUUUGACAUUCAGCACUGCAAAAGUGCAUUUUAGUUGCUAUAAUAAAAGUUCAAUACACGUUUUCAUAUUUUUUUCAAUUCAGUUUAGUUUAUUUGCUGCCUUUUUAAAUUUGUUUUAAAGCACUAAUGUACAUAUGUGACUGCUGUGGUCAUGACGUUUUGUAUAUAUUCUGAAAUAAAGAUUUUCCUGUUUCAUUUCUGA